AUGGACGGUCCAAUCGCCUCCGCCGUAAUAUUGCCCGACGAACUCCUAGCACCGGCCUCGCCAUACAGUACCAAAAGACGACAGUCUUCUGUAAUCGAAGACACAGCCAAGCGUCCACGGCUUGAGGCGGAUGCGGAUGCGGAUGUACAGAACCACCAAGAGGUUGUGAAGCCUGCGAUUCCGGUGCGCCGUGAGCGAGGCAGAGAGCGCAGACUAUUUGGUGCUGCCCUAGGGGCACUCUCACAGAACUCUUCUACUGCAGCACAGAAACGUCGUUCGGAAAUCGAGAAGCGACAGCAGGCUCAGCGAAAACAGGAGGAUGAAGAGAGCGAACAGAGAAAGGCAGAGCGCUUGGCUAGACGGAGAGAGCAGCGCUGGCGAGAGCAGAGGCGCUUUGAACUGGAAACCAUGCGGACGCGACACGAAAAUUUACGGAGCAUGGCGCACUUCCUCCAGACAGAGACACAACCACACUUGUACUACAAGCCCUGGGAAACCUCGCCUACCGAAGACGAUCGCAUCCAAGACCAAAUUGCUGAAGCCGAGGAGACAAUCAAGCGCGAACUUGAAGAGUACGAAGCACGCCAACAGCAAGCUAAUAUGGGGAACCGGGAGCUAUCUGGCGAGCACGACCGUGCUGCAAAGGAAUACCAGACCGCUAAGGACAACAACGUGGACACGCCACAGCACCCAUCCAUAACCAAUGGUGGGACUAAUGGCGGUGCAUGCUCUCCCAAGGACCUGGAAAGGAAUGAUGAUCUUGCAGAUAAACCCGGAAGCGAGGCGGUGAGACACGGUCACGCCGCCGAAGACGCACAUGACACUAAUAUACCGAGUCCUGAGCCGGCCACUGACCAUCCCAGCAAGGACGAAGCCGACAAUGACGACAAUGGAGAAGACGUCGUCGAAGAAGCAGCCGAGGAUACCGUCAUUUACUGA